AUGUGUCUUGUAUAUCCCAUCAUAGUUUUCAGUUGCCACGAUCUUAUGACAAGUAGCGCAACGGUACUCGGUGUCUUCAAACCAAUGGGCGAGGCAUGGGACGCAGGCAAGGCAGACGCAGAGCAAACAGCAGAGAACUCCCGCAACCCUAUUAGCAGAUAUAUAGAAACAUACACCUGCAUGGUCGACCCUUCCUUUCGGACUUGUAUCUUGGACGUCUGCAAACAAAAUGGACACUGGAUCCAUUGCGUCCGCUCACCAAUCUGA